GACAGCGCUGCCCCGACAAGGCGGCGAGGAUAAAAAAAGACUCCUUUUCCGGUUUAGAUUCGAUAGUAGAGCGACGUUUAAUAAUCUCUGAGAGAUGGUUUUGAUUUAGCUUAUGAUCUGUGGCAUACAUACGUGCGGCAUCCAUACAGGUCGAUCGCGGCAGAUGUGUUGAGAUGUUAAGUAACGCACUUGCUUUCGCAGCAUUGUGGAAACAGCACGCCUGAGAGAUCCUAACAGAGACUAUCAGCACUAAAUCCAUCUGCGCUUUUUAGAGCAAUCCGAGAAAGGACGACAUUGAAGUUGCAUGGGGCUGUUUUCUUUACAUACGGAUGAGAACAUUGCCCUUCUUUGCAAAAAAGAGAACAUCAAGUUUGGAUCUUGCUUGGUCAACUGCCUACAAUGUUACUAUAGGAAAGACUGUGGCUGGGAGUACAUGUUGAUGAAAUUGAUUUGUUCAGUGAGCUCAAACCAGAGCAGCCAGACUCAUGAGUACCCAGACUGCCAAGAAGGGGUCAGUGAAGCCAGCCUGCUGGUGUCCCCUCUGGUGGUGGCCGGCAUUGUUAUCGGCCUGGUGCUCUUCCUCUCCUGCGUCACCAUCAUCGUGGGAAGUCUGCGCAAAGACAGCCGACUGCGCAACCCCCACCUGCGUGCCAGCUACGCUCCAGAUGGCCUCUCAUAUGGGGACUCCAUUGGAGAGCUGAGGUCCGCCUGCAUUGAGGAGUUUCCCCCUGCUUUUGACUUUGACUCUUAUAUUGAGACCCUUUCUCAAGUCAAUGUCAUGUACCAUGACUCUCCUCCUCAUUAUGAUGAAUGUGUGGGACCAGGGACCCAGCUGUAUGUUCCCACGGACAAUCCACCCCCUUAUUCCAUCACAGACCCAUGCCGGGGCGUGCCACACAACUACAGAGAGAUGGACGACCUGCCUGCUGGUGCUUGCUGGGUGUCAGCAAGCAGCUCUUCUCAAUAUCCAACCAGAUUGCAGGACUUUAGGCACCAGCCAACCGCCUCCAUCUCUUUGUCAGGUUUACCUUUAGAGGAAGCUCCUCCGUAUGAGGCAGUAGUGAGUGAACAAAACCAUCCCCUCCCUCUGAUGCCCCUGGAUCUUCUCAAACACACCAGAGAAGGAAGCAGCCCUCAGGAAACCGUUCCCCACCGGAUCCUGUAAUCCCUGCCUCUCCAGCACACUCAUGUAUCACCUGUACUAAACCAGCUUUGAGAGGGACUCCUUUGUUUGACUGGAACCUCCUGCAUCAAGGAAGACUCUGUGAACUCAGAACUGUAACGGACACUUGCAGAACCCCACAGUUACCUCUUACAUCUACCAACAUGGCUUUCAGACACUGCAUUUCCUUUUUCAUCAAACACAAAUAGGGCCGCCAUGAGAGCACAGGGCUAUCGACCACUUUUUUGUUGAUCACUUUACGCUUGCGCGUUGUGUCAGUAGCUAUGUGUCGGCUGUUGGACGUUUACUGUAGAUGGUUUCAGUAGAUAGCUUAAAAUUUUAUGGCAUAAAAUAAGAAUAGUACUCUGGUCAGUUCACAGCAAUUUAACAAAUAUCGUAUCAGUAAGUGUAAUCUACUUGAGUAUAGAAUAAUAAAUUUGCUUUUGUGUGAAAGAGUAAGUGAGUGUGCAAGUGUGAAGAGGAUUCCUUGAUUUCCUUGGUUUAAUAUGAUUGGUUUUAACUAUUUACUUUUCUGUCAGGUUCACUACCGUCAAAAAUUAUUGAACAUUAUCGUACAGUUUAGAUUGGUUGUAUGGUUCUUUUCUGGUCAAAACUCCCUGUCCAUGCAGCCAGCAUGAAUAAGAGCAGGAAGCACAGCGAUAUCCCCCAUUAGGGUAAAUGGAACAGAUCAAGCAGACGUCAUUAGUUCUUAAUGACAUUUAAGUGUAACACAUGAUGUAAAGACAUUGAGACUGUGAAAAGGAAUAACAGUCAAAUCCCAUUUGAAAAUGUGAGUUGGAGCUUGGGAUGGAGGAGGGUUAUUUGCUCCUGAGCAACGCGAUUAGCUGCUGUUAGCUAAAUGGAAUUUAAAUGGAGGCUGUGAUUGCUCAUAUUUCUAUUGGAGAUGAGGAUCAGCUGAUGCGGGCUUUACUAACGUGCCAGAACUAACGCUAUACGCUUGAUUUUGUAAUCAGCAACUUUUUUUUAAGAAUAUACUUUGUACAUUUCAUAGAUUAAAUUGCAUAGAUGAGCAGUUACGUGAAUGUCAUCAUAAAAUCAGAAUGCUAAUACACAUUUUAUUUCUUCACAUCUAGUACAUAGAUCACUGUGAUUUUUCUUUUUGCCAAGACCACUGCUUUCUGGAAGUCUCCUGGCAAUGCUACUUUUAAAUAACUAUUAGGAAGACACCAGAUGUGUGUGAUAAGUUUGUUGUCCAUGCAUAUAAAAAUAAAAAAACAAUAGUUAGAAAGGGCUGUAGCAGACAUUACAUUAUUCUUUAAAGAUGUACCGAUGCUGUGUACAUUAUAAUAGAAGAGCUGAGACUAGUAACAGCUCAGUGGAAAAGUUACCGUAGCAGUGAUGUCAAUAUAAGAUAGUUCUUGCUAGAUACUUUGUUCUUCCAAAAAAAAUGUUUCAAAUUUGUUCCUAAAAUGUUUGCCUGGUUUUGUCAUCAAAUCUGCUUCAUUCAUUGCAACACAAAAGGUUUCCCUGCACAUGCAUGUUUCUAUACAAUGUCCCUAUUCACUACAAAGACUGUUAGAUUUCAGAACACUGUAAAAAUUACCAACCUUUUUUUCUCCUUGACCUUGAUGUUUGUAGGUUUUACCUUUUUAAUAUCACAGAAGGUGUCAGCUGCAACAAAUAAACAAAUGUUAUGUGUCCCAAACUUAACUUCCGGUAGACCUCCACAAUGAAUAAGAAAUUAAGUUUAAACUUAAUUUACUACAAUUAUUAUUCAUAUAAAUUAAUAAAAAAUUGUUAUAAAAGUUAACUUCAGGCCAGCGCGUGCGACCAAUGAAACGGUCUAUAAAAAGAUAUGUCAAAAGGAAUAUACAUUUUUUAGAAGCAUAAAUUUAAAAUGGCCCAGGAAAUGAAACUGCAUGACAUCUUUAUCUCACCACUUUCCAUUCCCUGCACGGAAGAAUAUACAUAUAGAAGAGCAACUGAGAGAUAUAUAAAUGAAGUUGGUGCAUGAUUGCAUAUUUGUGCAUAACUGAAAUGAAUAUUAAGUGUCCCAAUAUUUUUUUAUUAAAUUAAUGUAGUUUGAAUUGAUGUCAACUUUAGACAUCCGCAUUAUGGGAUUUCUUUUUUAUACUCGUCUUCUGAAAAACAUUCAUUUAAUCAAUAAUGAGACCUCUGAGGUAGCAUUAGAAGUUUUUUUAGAUCUUUCGAAAAGCUGGCUUCUAGCUUCUCCAUCUGUUAAUGUACCUCCUAUAAAGGCAAAAAUUGUAAUGGUGAAUGCCUUAGGAGACGGAGUGGUCCAGAAUUUAAAUUCUUUAACAUGACUAGAGGUGUAUUAUCUGUUGCCACUUCACUGUAAUGCUGACAUUGUGUCUGUAGCAAUUCUGUGUGCACUGUGGACUAUAAUAAAUGCACACAUACCAGUCACAUUUAAAGAAAUCUUAUUGUAAAUCUAAUGUUUUUACCAAUGGUUAUUUAUUAGGGGAUUGUGUUUCAGUGGCACCUUAGGAGCUGAUUUUCAAGAAAACAUAUGCUACACUAUUUAGCCAGUUUUACGGUUUCAUUAGACCACAUUUUGUGCACUUUCAUUCUUUCUUGUUAUGUGGAAAUUGUUUGUUUUACCAUAGCACCUUUGCAUCAAGCCCAUUAUAAAUGUUGACAUGCGUGUAAUAAAUCUACAUCUCAGAUGUGUCGUUUCAUUGUCACAAUAUUGUGCUCUGCUGAUGUUGAUUUAUGUUUUGUAUUAGAGUCUUUAUUCCCAUACCACUGUAACCAGAAAAAAUAAAAAAGACA